UUUUAUACAGAUAUGUCAUUUCCAGAAUAUCGUGUAUAGUUUCCCUUUUAUUGAUCACGUAUUACAUUUAUCAUCGACUUAGCUCCUGAAUGAUCAGUAGUAUCGACACGUUUUAAACGAGUUUCUAAAUGUUCUAAUUUUGCAAUAUGCAACAUUCAGUAAUUGCUUUUGUUGAAAAUAUAUACGUUGCAAUAUAAUUCGACAAGGCGACAAUAAACACUAAAAAUCUGUGUCUUUAAUCAAAAUGAUAUGUAUUCCGUGCACCCUGAGCAUAACUGCAUACUUUAUUGAUAAGCGUCAUGGAUCUUGAACCAUGGAUUAACGAGCCUGAUAUCGGUCGACUCUUGUACGUCGCUUGUAACCAUUUGUCUUUUCCUUCUUCUUUCUGUAAAUGAUGAAAAUCAGUAUCUGCUUGAUAUACACAAAUUGUGCGAAAAUCUUGGAAAUAUGCAUUUUGUGCAUACUAUACUUCCCUUGCAAUGUAUUAAAUUCAGCGCUUAAACGCUAUCUUGACAAAUCAACCGCGUUCGAUAACACGCUUGUCAACAUCCAGUAUGCACGGGGGAAGGCAUAUAUUAAGGAUAUGAAGAUUUCUGUUUACUCUUACUGUGAUAUCUAAAGUGAUUCGCUGCAGCUAGAAAGUUGACUAACUGGAGUGACAUGAGAAAUUAUUAAGUUCAAGAAUUGGUGUUUUGUGUUGUUAAACAUACCCCUCUUGUCAUACCGCAUUCCAUCACAUAUAUUCUGAUUCGGGUAUGUGGUAGUAACUAAGAUGAUGAACAUAUAGAACAAAACGCUUUAUUACAUCCUGUGAUAUCCGAAAGAAUAAGGUAGAAAAGACUAUCUCAAGUAAUAACAAAUAACUUUGUACGUCUGGCAAACGCGUCGUCCACGUUCGAAUCCCCUGCCUCCGACUUCGGCCUCGUGACUCGCCCUGGCUCAGAGCCACCAUGACCUCAUUCCCGAGCUCAUCGCGCCUUUAGACUCAUCUUACACGCGGCGAGGAGGGAGGCGGGGGCGGAGAGAGAGAGAGAGAGAGAGUCAGCGCUGAGGGUGCGACAGGUGAAGGAGGAGAGACAGGGAGGGAUUGCCCCCAAGAUAGACGGACUGACAGACAGACAGCGUUCAUGUCGUCUGCUACUCCAUGUUAAGACAGCUGUGAGGGCGAUGACUCACACUCCUCUCCUGAGUUAAAAACCUUCACCUCUAACCUCUGACCUCCUCCCCCUCACUCGCCAUGGCUGGGCUGGGAGCUAAGGACAUCCUGAGGAACGUGACAGCUCUGGAACAGCUGAUCGAGGAAAUUAACUUCCAGCGAGCCAAGGAGAUGAGGCAGUGUCUCAUGUCCAAGGAUGAUACAGGGUUCGUGAUGGUGCAAGGGACCACAUAUUGGACAGACCUAUUUGUGCGGCACUUUCUCUUCCAAACGGAUCGGUCCACAGAUGCUGAUGACUUGUUAUUUUUUAUCCGAAAGAAACAGCUUAAAGGUUCUCGGUAUAUUCCAAAGUACCAGACUGAGGUAGAAGUGUAUAGGCGUGACAGCAGGAAGCUUCCCAUUGGUGAUCCUGACAUAGAUUGGGAAGAAACUGUAUACUUGAAUCUCAUAAUCCACCAAUUCGACUACACCCUUACACUAGCUGUAUGUACUCGUACAAGCCCAAAGGACCUGCAGGUGCUCCGACGACACUCUCAGAAAGUGUAUGCAAGUCCCAGUAGGCGCCGCAUGGACACCAAGGGAGAAGUUGAGGAAAUAACAUACCCUAGUGUAUGCUUCCACGUUGAUAACUUUGAUGAAGUAUUUGCUGACAUGUUAGUACGUGAUGGAGAGAUGGUUUGCGUUGAACUGGUUGCCUCAGAUCACGCUGGAACACGUCAGGCUGUCAUAUUUUUAGGGUCAAUCAGAUAUGAUGCUCUGAAACGAGUGUACGAUGCCCGGGCAAGUUUGAGUAGCAAGGUGGCUCAGAGGAUGAUGAUGGGACUCUUUGCCGGGAACAGCAACCAGCGCAUAGAAUUUGUGCGCAUGAAGGGACCACAAGGGAAGGGCCAUGCAGAAAUGGCUGUGACCAAGCCAAAAGGUUCAGGCGUAGAGACUCCAACCUCUGAGCCCGGUGUGAGUUUAACAGACAUGUGGGAUUCUGACUGGGAUGACGAGCCGGAGGAUAGGUUCAUCUAUCGGCACCAGCGCCGACUGAGUGACCCAAGUGCCAACUUCAACACUUUCAUCAACUCUGGUUGGAAGUCUCGUUCUGAGGGAGCCAGGUCGCGCUCUGAGAAUGAGGGGCUUGAUAUUUUUGCUGAUGGCCUUUACGAAAUUGAGUCAGGAGAUGUGCGAGAUGCUGUGUGUAGUGGUAGAUGUUGUUCAGUGGUAGCAUGCAACACAAUACGAGAAGAGGAGGAAUUGCCGCAGGAAGUGCAGUGUGCCAAAUGCCGCCACUUUCACGGGGACCAGACAGUGAAAUCUGGCCCCACAGUAGAAGCUAGUGAAGAGGCAGCUCAGACCUCAGACACACCAGGUCCCAAGCCUGAGUGUGAUUCCCCAACCCUCGAGCCGUCCUUGGGUCGUCCUCCCACCCCUCCAUCACCUCAUGAGGGCAGUCCACUCCUCCCGUCCUGCUCUCGGUCAGAGUCACCUAACUUAGUACACACCGAGUCCAGUAUCCAGGCCAUGUCUCCUAUAGGGUGUACAUCAGAUCCUCUCUUAAACCCUGUUGCUGACUCACCAGAUGAUCACAGUAAACAAACACACACAGAAACGUCUUCUAAGUCUACAAAUGUACCUGAUUCCAAUGAGAAUACUGCCCUUUCUUCAUCACACAAAGAUUUUGUGGUGAUCGAGUCAUUGUCCAGAACUGAUGUUAAUUCAGAGGAAAGUAGUGAGACUUCUUUUAUAAGCAAAGGCAUUCAGGAACAAAUUUCUAAAGCCAACCAGUCCUCUUCCAUAGAUUCCUCACCUCAAGUUAUUCCCAAAGUUUCGCCAAUUCAUUCUGCAAAACUUGGGGGCAAAAAGCCAGGUGGUGCUCAGAGAAUUUUGGUUGCACCAGCUGAUGCCUCACUGGAGACAUCAGAUGGUGGACCAGAUUCCUUAGGAAGCUUGUGUGAUACUGAGAUUGAGAGUGACCCAGUAGUCGAUGCCAAACCUAUUCCUUCCACUUCCAAUAUGACCGACGAUCCAGAUGAAAUAGAAGAGGAGGAACCCCUUUUAAAAAAGCCACCUCCAGUAGGAAAAAGCCUCUCUGUCGAUUCUGCUGACAUGAUAUCUGCCAUUCCAAAAGUUGAAAUUGUGGACGCAGCAACAGAAUCUCUAACUGCCCUAAACCUGAGUCCUGUCAAGAGAAAGAAAAGAAGAGUCUCUGUGCCAUAUAGAAUAACACCUGAUGGCACGAAAGUUAACUUUCUCUGCGAUGUCAAACUGGAUGAUGGAGCCUAUAACCCACUCUGGACAACCAAAGGCUUCACACAAACUUUCCAUUUCUGGAAGGAAUCCCGCAGAGCCCAGUCAGUUCCUCUCAAUGCGUAUCUCACUUACGUCACAUUACCCUGGUUCACUAUCAUUACAGAGCUUUGUAUAGUGCCCAUCAAGCGCCAAGAGCUGGUGAUGUGUCCCGCGCUCCUGAAGCCUGCCCUCAGCCAACACAAGGAUUUCAUCCGAAUCCAUGACUGUUGACAAGCGAUGAGCAAUGCAGAUUGAGGUUCUUCCCUUGGUUGCAUGGCGUAGAGCUUCCAUUA